AUGAGCGAGCACCUGGACACCCUGGACACGCUCGAGGGGCCGCUCGGAGCUGCUGUGGCCGCCGCCCACCUCCCGGGAGCCCCCGCGGGGACGCGCCUGAGGGCCCGGUCACCGCCGGUCACCGCCAGCCGGGUGGGAGGGCGCCAGCGCCCGGCUGUGGCGGCGGCUUGGGACAGCGCCGCGGCGGCCAUCUUCCCAAACUGGAGCGGCCGCCCCGCCCAGCCCGCGGGGCAGUCGGGUGGUCGGCAAAGACCAGGGUCCCUGCCUGGCCUUAAGUUCCUGCUGGUCUUCUCCUGCCUCGUGCUGUCCGUGUUCUCCACCAUCAAGGAGUACGAGAAGAGCUCGGAGGGCGCCCUGUACAUCCUGGAGAUCGUCACCAUCGUGGUGUUCGGCGUCGAGUACUUCGUGCGCGCCAGCUGUGAGGAGCCCGGUCCCCCAGCUGGGCGGCUCAGGCUGACCUCACAGCAGCAGCUGCCGGCCCGGCCGUGGGGCCUGUGCAGCCCUCAGAAGACCCCGAAGCCCUCUGGAGAGGCAGGACCGGCGGCUGGACGUGCCUCUGUCCUGCAGGAGCUGGUGACCGCCUGGUACAUCGGCUUCCUCUGCCUGAUCCUGGCCUCCUUCCUGGUGUACUUGGCCGAGAAGGGGGAGAACGACCACUUCGACACCUACGCAGACGCCCUCUGGUGGGGACUGAUCACCCUGACGACCAUCGGCUAUGGGGACAAGUACCCCCAGACCUGGAACGGGAGGCUUCUGGCCGCCACCUUCACCCUCAUCGGUGUCUCAUUCUUCGCUCUCCCCGCGGGCAUCCUGGGAUCCGGCUUUGCCCUCAAAGUCCAGGAGCAGCAUCGACAGAAGCACUUUGAGAAGAGGCGGAACCCAGCGGCCGGCCUGAUCCAGGGCGCUCUGGCUAAGCCUGCUGGGGCUCGGUGCCGCCCUGCGCCUGGCUGGCCUCUGCGCACGGGGCGGGCAGGGAGCCUUGAAGCACUGGGAGCGCACCCCGCAGCCGCACCCCGCAGCCCAGCCGCAGCGGAGGCGCGAGGGCCCCACAUCCAGCCGCCUUCUGCGGAAAUGCAGAUUGAGACCUUCGUGACGAAAGGCCCUAAGGCCCAUCGGAUCCCGGCACCCCCCCCGUCGGGUCCACUCCUGUCUCUCUGUGUGUCGUGCGUCCGCCCGUGGUCCCGGAGCAGUCAGAAGGUCAGCUUGAGAGACCGCGUCUUCUCCAGCCCGCGGGGCGUGGCCGCCAAGGGGAAGGGGUCCCCGCAGGCCCAGGCCGUCCGGCGGUCGCCCAGCGCUGACCAGAGCCUGGAGGACAGUCCCAGCAAGGUGCCCAAGAGCUGGAGCUUCGGGGACCGCAGCCGGGCCCGCCAGGCCUUCCGGGUCAAGGGCGCCGCCUCCCGGCAGAACUCUGAAGAAGCCAGCCUCCCGGGGGAGGACGUCCUGGAGGACAAGGGCUGCGGCUGCGAGUUCGUGGCGGAGGACCUGACCCCGGGCCUCAAAGUCGGCAUCCGGGCCGCCAGCGUCAUGCGGUUCCUGGUGUCCAAGCGGAAGUUCAAGGAGAGCCUGCGGCCCUACGACGUCAUGGACGUGAUCGAGCAGUACUCGGCCGGCCACCUGGACAUGCUGUCCCGCAUCAAGAACCUGCAGUCCAGGAUAGAUAUGAUUGUGGGUCCCCCGCCCCCUUCAACUCCCCGGCACAAGAAGUACCCCACCAAAGGACCCUCCGCCCCUCCAAGAGAGUCACCCCAGUACUCACCUAGAGUGGACCAGAUAGUGGGGCGUGGCCCAGCCAUCACGGACAAGGACCGCACCAAGGGCCCCACGGAGCCGGAGCUGCCCGAGGACCCCAGCAUGAUGGGGCGGCUGGGGAAGGUGGAGAAGCAGGUCCUGUCGAUGGAGAAGAAGCUGGACUUCCUGGUGGGCAUCUACGUGCAGCGCGCGGGCAUCCCCCCGGCCGAGACCGAGGCAUACUUUGGGGCGAAGGAGCCGGAGCCGGCGCCGCCCUACCACAGCCCCGAGGACAGCCGCGAGCACGGCGACAGGGCGGGCUGCAUCGUCAAGCUCGUGCGCUCCAGCAGCUCCGGGGGCCAGAAGAACUUGUCCGCGCCGCCCGCCGGAGCCCUUGGGGCAGGCCAGCGGCCAGAGUGA